GGAAGGGGGGAAAGAUGUGGGAAAACGAGUUGCAGAGCUUCAGUUCGUCGCGUGUCACCCUUGAAUCAAGGGCUGAAUAUCUUCCAUGAAAGUUUCCGUCUCAUCAGCAAAAUGCAUCCCUUAUUCCCUCAAGUAUUGCUGUUGCUGAUGGUGAAUAACAGUGGCUUCCCAUCAGUAUUUGCCAAAGCGAUGACGACACCGCCAUCAGCACAGAAUACCGAAAAUGCCACUGUAACGGAUGCUGCUACGACCAUACAGCCGGAAAAUACGCUGUCGGAAAGUGACAAUAAACUGUGUCUGAAUGCUGUGAUUAAUGAUAACGAAGAUGAUUUCAUGGUCAGAAAUGGAGUCUCUGACGCAUUGAAUGAUGAAGUUGAGAGAACGACGACGAAUUCUUCCCCGUCGGAAACAAAAACACCCAGACUCGGUUUCGAACAACUUCACCUUGAACACGUCAUCCCAUCCCACUAUGAUCGGAUGAAAUGGCCAGCCCCGAAUCACGGCACCGAACCCGUCCGAGUGUCCGUCUUGGCCGCCUUGGGUCGCAUUCAGGCCGUCAACGAAGUGGACAAGAGCUUGACUUUCGAUUUGUACCUGGAGUUGGCCUGGCGGGAACCCCGUCUGAACCUGUCAGCCAAGGACUGGUCCAAAACGGACGUGGUACCACUGCCGCCUGAGUUCUCAAACUUGUUGUGGACACCCGACCCGUACAUCCUCAACCUGAAACGAUUGAGCAGUGCGAGUGUGGUGAAACCCCCGAGGGGACUCGAAAUCACCGGUUGUUUGGCAAAAAUCCCUUACACAGGAGGUCUACUCGGUUUCGAACAACUUCACCUUGAACACGUGAUCCCAUCCCACUAUGAUCGGAUGAAAUGGCCAGCCCCGAAUCACGGCACCGAACCCGUCCGAGUGUCCGUCUUGGCCGCCCUGGGUCGCAUUCAGGCCGUCAACGAAGUGGACAAGAGCUUGACUUUCGAUUUGUACCUGGAGUUGGCCUGGCGGGAACCCCGUCUGAACCUGUCAGCCAAGGACUGGUCCAAAACGGACGUGGUACCACUGCCGCCUGAGUUCUCAAACUUGUUGUGGACACCCGACCCGUACAUCCUCAACCUGAAACGAUUGAGCAGUGCGAGUGUGGUGAAACCCCCGAGGGGACUCGAAAUCACCGGCGACUAUUUCGUGAAGAUGUCGAGUCUAGCUGCCUACGAGAUCGGGUGCAGCAUGAAUUUCAGAGAUUAUCCCGUGGAUACACAAAUUUGCAGAGUACGAAUGCAAAGCUUCGAAUAUGGAACUGAUGAAUUGAUUUUCAACUGGACCGCCGCUUUGGACAAUUUUGCUCGGUUAGACACCGAAGACUUUAUUGUCGAGGCUGUUCAGUUGGAACCAUACAACAAGACGUAUUUUGGACAGAUGGCACUCUGUGUGACCACAUUACUGUCCAUGACUGCCAUGGUUGCCGCUGUGAAGAAACUCACUCCGCAUUCGCAGUACAUCAAGGCAAUUGAAGUCUGGCUCUUGGCCUGUUUAUGCUUCAUAUUCUAUGCGUUGUUUGCCUUCCUGUUGGCCCUAAAAAUUGCAAGCUUCGAAAAGACUCUGAAACGAGCAAGGACAAUCAGGAGUCGACAGUCUGUGUAUUGCAUGCCCGACGAAGAAGAGGCGAAAAAAGAGUAUUGUACGACAGAUGUUGACCACGGAACUGUCAUUCAACAACAACAACGUCCACCACCGAAAGUCGUGGUUAAAAAUCCCGGAAACGUGUGGAAAAAUGCGGCUGAUUGCCGCCUUCAUUUGGCAGCUGCAAAGGCGGCUGCUGACGAAAAUGGCGGAAUUGCCUUGGAUGGCCUGGAGGCAACCCUUGGAGAGAAUGCCAAGUUGAUUUCAAAAAUUCUGAGUGAAAAGCUGGUCUACAACAAAAAAAAGGCGCCUCAUAUCUUUGAGUGGAGAGCAAAACUCUGCCACGUAAGGUUGAAUUAUCGCAGUUGUGAAGUAGACUUAUGGAUGGGAGAUGGUCCGAUUCCACGGGAUGAGUUGCUGCGUCGCAUUGUUGGGAAGAACGGCUUACUUUGCCUGGUGACAGAAAAGAUAAACGAGGAAGUUCUGAACGCCGCGGGAGGAACACUUCAGGUCAUCAGCAGUUUUUCUGUGGGUUUGGAUCACCUGGACAUCGAUUCAAUCAAGAAGCGCAAUAUUCGAAUCGGACAUACGCCAGGUGUUCUUACUGAUGCCGUUGCUGAAUUGACGAUAACGCUGCUUCUUGCUGCGUCCCGCAGAAUAUUCGAAGCUCAUAAUGAAAUACUAAAUGGAGGUUGGUCACGAAGCUGUUUGAGUCCACUAUGGAUGUGUGGCAAAGAACUGCGAAACUCCGUGGUUGGAAUCGCGGGAAUGGGAAGAAUCGGCUUUGGUGUUCUUGAACGCCUUCAGUCUUUUAAAAUUGCCAAAGCUUUGUACACGGCUCGAUCUGAGAAAGUUCACGCCAACGCUAUAGGAGCUGAGAAAGUUUCUUUUGACGAAUUGCUCGAGAAGUCGGACUUCGUCAUUUGCUGCUUAUCCUUGAGCCCCGAAGUAUCCGGUCUCUUCGACUCGUCUGCGUUCAAGAAGAUGAAGAAUUCCGCGAUAUUCGUUAACGUUAGUCGAGGAGGUUUGGUUGUACAAGAGGACCUCAUUCAGGCUCUCAAAACCGGUGAAAUUCAUGCUGCUGGUCUUGAUGUUAUGACGCCGGAACCUCUUGGUUCGGAUCACGAGCUUCUAAAGCUUGAUAAUUGUACUGUGAUCCCUCACAUUGGAAGUGCCACUUAUACUACUCGACUCGCAAUGGGUAUGCUAGCGGCGGAAAACCUCUUGGCUGGGUUGCAAGGUUCAAAAAUGCCAGCGGAGUAUGCUUGAUGUUUGAGAUGUGAACGAAUCUCUAUUCGGGCGCGUUUUUCUGAAAAUUUAGUAAGAGUCUGUAGAAGUACGUUUUUCCCUGUAACAUUUUCUUUUACCGGCUUCUCGGAUUCUGCGCUUUCAGAGAACCAGUUCGUGUUAUUGCGUUUGUGCCUUGUGUCAGGAAACGAGUGUGUUCGAAGUUGAAGAAGCACUGGAAAUUAUAUUCUUCGAACUACGUGAGAGAUAUCCGUGGAUUUCUCAUGAAGGUUUUAUCGUCGCAAUAUGUCAUCCGAGGCUAUCGUUUAUGUCACGGAAAACGAUUGCAGUUCCUGAUUUCAUCUCUGUGCCUUUGAACGGCGCAUCAUGUAGCCGUUCGCACUUACUGAUGCAACGAAUAGCUCUGAAGAAAUGCCGUUGAGCACUUCCGCAAACUUGAGGUAUGUACAAGUAAUAUGCGUCAAUGUCAACAGAAAUUAUUCUUAGCCCGUUGAACUUCGUUCUACGGAUCAGGAAAUUUUUUCUUGACAACUGGCGAUUCCUUUCUAGUGCUCGAUUCAAAAUAAUUCCACAUCACGCGUUGCUUUAUCCAUGUAACCCGUACGGAACCCAAUUUUAUUAGAUGUGAGUUUUCCGUUUGGCUGUACCAGAUGUUUUUCGAGCCGUUUCCUUCGUGUAAAAGUUUCGGAAAAUGGAAACACAACUUGCGAUUUCGAAAGAUAGGAACUUACGGUGAAUUCGUGGUCACAGGAUGUCGCACGUUGUGUUCAACCGAUUCAAAUCUUCUUGUAUAGUACUGUAUUGUAAAUUUUUCGAUAGCGUGGUAAAUCAUGGAGAGAUUAACUGUUGAAUUAAUUUAUUUUAGUCAUACUGUUACGCUUGACUGACUCCAUGAAUGGGAUGGAAAUACUGUGUGUUUCUGCGUGUUGGAAAACCUGAUACGGGAGUGGUCACAGGAUGCGAUCAAGUGUUCUGUUUCUUGCGUAAUGUGCGCCCUUGGCUUCUGUGUGCAUUUCCAUUUGAUUGCAGAGCCAGCAUAUUUAGCUGACAUUUUGAUUGUAAAAAAAAAACCAGUUACUCAGUUAUCAUGCAGGGUUCUUUGUUUUUCUUGCAUCAAACGACAAUGCUGACUACGUUAAUUGAUUGCGGAAGUGUUUUCCGGCUUCGUGUUCGCUAGAUAAUAUCAAGGACUUUUCGUAAAUUAAAAUGACAUGACUGCUUUAUAAGUUACCCCGUUUACUGGUCUACCACCCCUACCACCCGCACCUUCUGAACAGAAAAUUACCCAAAGAAAUGUGGCGCACGUCCUAAGCGGGUGCGAAUCAUUAUUUUCAUUUUAUUUCCAAAAGUAUUUGCGAGUCACGGGGAAAUAUUUUGAAUGUUUUCAAAACAGGAAUUAAUGUAUAUCAAAUACGUUCAUGGAUAAAAAUCGGAAGUUUGGUCCAAAUUAAAGUCAUAUGCUAUUCAUCUUUGUGUUUCAUAGCUUUAUCCUCAAUGUUGAACCUGCAGUAAUCAUUUGUAAAACCUGCCCUUGGGAAUGAGUCGCUGAUGUAGAGAGAAGAGUUCCUUCGAAGAAAGAUAUAUUUUAUCUGAAUUUUGAAAACAUGUGAAUGCUGCCAACUUACUCAAUGCAGAGAAAGAUUUGACUACUGUUUUUGAAUGGUUGAAGCCUGAAUAAAAAAUCUGAAAUUUUAUGUGCGGUUGAAAAUUGUAAAACGUGGAUUUCGCCCAAAAACGGCAAGUAAACAUAAAAACAAUCUACCCUGGAUUGUAUCUCAUCUAAUCUUCCAAGUUAUUCUUCAGUUUUUAAAUGUUAUUGCAAGUGAUUUCUAGUGGGUUAAAGCUGACUUAUCUGCUGACUGUUUCUUUCAAACAUAAGGAAAAUUUGCAGAUUACCUUUAAAAUAAUGCAGUCUGAUUUUCAUUACCUCUACUUCAUGGUAUGGAAAUAUGAUGUUCACGUGAAUGAAAAUCCAAAUACUGUACUGUACAAUAUUUUCAGUGUUCAGUAUGUGGUUCUUGGACUUUCAAAUAAGCAUAAGUGUCAUGAUACUGUUUCUUCCAAUAAAAUAAAAACUCUACGACGUUCAAAAGCCACUGAAGUUAAAAUGUAUCUCAACACGAUUUUUAUAUUGCAGUACAGUAUUCAUGUUUUCUCACGUAUUUUAGUUUCAAUGAACUUCACUCCUAAUGUAAAUAUAUUUUUUCCAGGGGAAACAUUAUUUCAAAGAAUCACGGAAGCCAUAAGCUGGCAGAUGAAACAAUGAAGCCACACAAAAAAAAUCUGCAACCAAUUCCAUUUAUCUUCAAUUUGAGCUUAAAUUUAUAUUUUCAAUGGGUUUGUAUUAAGAAAGGUGAUUUUAUAAGGUACCUGAUGUUCCUCGUCACUUCAUUUAAACGGGAUGCUUUUGAUGAGUUUUUUUUUGUGUGUGUGUGCUACGUUCAUCAAGCAUUGAAUUAUACCAGAGAGAAGCAGUUUCCGAUAAUACGCCGUGGAAGAAAGCUGAGGAAUUUUUCGAUUUUUGCACUUUUUUUCGUCGGAGUAUCUUUUCUUCUUUUCUUUUCAAUGUGUAGGUAGCAAUGCGUCGACUAUUCUAAGUGCCGAUUUUCGGAUCGUCCUUGUUCUUCGCGUGUUAUUUUGUUCAUUUCAUUUUUAAGAAUUCCGUUCAUGGAGAUCCAUUGAAGAAAUACAUCCGAGAGCCGAAACGGGAUGAAAACGCGAGCUCGCACUGUUGGCCGUUCCAUCUUGAGGAUCUACAGUGCAGUGCACCAUUCUAGCAGAAUCAUUGCAUGGAGUUGCACCGUUUGAAGAAAGGAACAGCGCAUUGAAGAAGGUGCGGAGUUCCAGUCAUCAUCAUGGUUUCAGCCUUCGAAAUGACAAUUUGAUAUUUUUUGGAAAAAUCGGUCUCAAAUCCGGCGAAUGCUUUCCAUUUACGUUGGUGACUACUGUCGCCUAGGCCCCUAUAGGGUGGGCUUAAUAUCGAUUGAAUCAUCGGCAACAACAGAGUGAACUUGAAUUGCUGAAACAACUGUUUUUAUUUUUCUACAAUGAUGCGUUUGUGGAACACAGUCUGAAAGAAUACAGUAUAUUGAAAAAUUGCCGGUA